AUGUCCAGCUCCGUUGCGGGCAAAUCAUGUACCAUUUGUGAGACACCAGGAUCUCGCGGCUGUGCUCGGUGCAAAUCAUCUUCGUAUUGCUCUACGGAUUGCCAGCUCGAUGACUGGCCCGUCCACAAGCUCCUCUGCGCAUCAUUCUCCAAAUUCGACGUAUCAGCUCGUCCAUCGGAAACCCAUUUCAGGAGCAUUGUCUUCCCUCAAGACCAAUCCAGGCCAGAGAUUCAAUGGCUCCAUUGUCCAUGGGUCGAUGAUGAGGGUGAGGGCGUCAAGUGGCAGGAUCCCGACGUGACCCCCUUCAUGGGCUCCGGUUCGAUGAAUACGUACACCCUAAUUCGGACGGACGCUCUUCUGCAAAAGCGGCUUCCUGAUGUUAUUGAUAUUUGCUAUCGCGACAGGUUCUUGGUUGAUGGUUCCUUGCCAAACAAGAGCACUGCAGCUAUCCUUGCCACGAUACCGUACGGGUCUCAUGAAUGGCGAGGACCUAUUGUCGCUGUGGGCCGAAAAGGACAAAGCAUGGACCCUGACAGCUGCCGAGACCUUGGUAUGAACGAUUUCCGGUACAUUGCCGAUUAUUUGAUCGCAUAUGGUCGAUGGUCGUUGGAUCUCAAUACCCCUGGGAAGCCUCAUCAGGAGGUCGUCAAGGGCGUCAGGAUCAACUGCGUCGGGGAUCGCAAAGUCUUUGGCAAGCCACUCUAUGAGCCUGUUGAUGUUACCCCGACGGACUCAGUCUUCAACCGGCACUGUAACGAUACAUCUGAUAUCGCAGACCGCAUCGGCCUCCCUAUCCUCACGCGCCAGUGCCCGCCAAGUCUCCGAUGGAUGAGAACAAAGGGACAGUAUGAUUUCGGCGGCGAGAGCCCGGACACCAACCAAGACGCCACCUUCCUCCACCUAUGCUGUGAUCCAAAGGCAGACAAGUUCCCGGCAGGUCCUGGCUGGUCUAUGGCAGGCUUCAAGUGGCAGCAGUCAGUCGGCAGUGUCAUUGUCGUACGCCGUGACCAGAAGCCCCUGGAUCCUCUACACGUUGAGGCACUCUGCCAUUAUUGCCGAUAUGACAUUAGGCCGCUGAUGGGCCACACAAUGGGAGAGUACGCGCCGGAUGAGCCACUGGCCCGGGAUCUUGUGUUGCAAAUGAUUUGUCGGCCUACUUUUUCUAUUUCCUGGUACAAAUUGUGUGACAGAAAGCACGAGGAGGGCCAGGUUGUACCUGAACUAUCUCCCUAUGAGGUAUAA